AUGAAGACGUACGCUGCUUUCGCUGCUUCCGCCCUUAUCGUGGCCACCACGAUGGACUCGACCACGGCCAUGCAGUCGUACCUCGAGGAGAUCCCGAACGGCAGCUUGUUCACGCAGGAGCUGGGCCACCCGGGCAAGGACAGCUCGAAGUUCACCAAGUUCGGUACUGCUUUCGGUGCCGCGGACCACACGUGGACGGCUGAGUUUUGCAAGGCUACGUUCCCUGGCGCUUCGAUGACGAACGGUGAGGCGUUCGGUGACCCGUGUUGCACGUGGAAGAAGGGCGGCAAGCCGGACUUCACGGUGAGUGCUUUCACGACGACUCCUGGCAAGGCUACCACUUGCGCUUCUGGUGGCGGUGGCGGCAGUGCUGCUGGUGGCAGUGCCGCUGGUGGCAGCGGUGGUGCUGAGACUCCUUCGGCUGAGACCCCGUCGACAGAGACUGAAAGCUCGGGCGGUGAGACGGAGAGCUCCGGUGGUGCCCCUGAGACAGAAAGCUCGGGCGGUGAGACUGAGAGCUCGGGUGCCGAGACUCCUGAGUCCCCUUCGACCGAAGACAACCCGUCACAGAUGUCCCCCGCAACGGAGGCCCCUGCCACAAGCACUGGUGGCUCGGGUGCCGAGACUCCUGAGACUCCUGAGACUCCUGAGACUCCUGAGACUCCUGAGACUCCUGAGACUCCUGAGACUCCUUCGACCGGAUCCAGUUGGGGCACACCUCCUGCCUCGGGUGGCUGGACCCCUCCUGCUGCUGGUGGCGGUUGCGCUGCCAAGGGAGCCCGCAAGUUCCGUCACUAAGCGACCUCGCUUGCACUUGGAUCUUUAUCUGAUCCAUGGAUGUUGGGUGUCGUUAAACAGAGAAAGAGAGAACGAAGUCUCUAGACGUUGUUGUAAUAGAACAAGGAAUCCUAUUCGAAACUUUUCAGGAGACUUCAUCACCUUAACCACAAGUAUUAAAGCAGUGU